AUGACGUCGGAGGAGCUGUUGGUUACAGCACGAGCUGACGAUCAUGAUGCGUCGGUGUCGGAAGGCGACGUUGAGAUCGAGAAGAAGCGACGAAAGACUCGAAGACGUCGUGCGAACAAGAAUCGCUUCAAGCCGUACCAUUCACUCAGUCCCGAAGAGAAGAUCGCACUGGACGCCGCCGAGACUGCCAGAUCGGAGCGUAGGACUCGCGAACGGUUGCCUAUGGCACCAAGCAACACGACCCAAUUUCUGCUUGAGGACCGGGAAGCGCGUGCUGGACAAGAGUUAGAGGUAGAGCUUGCUUAUGAGGCGAGUGAACGGCGAAGAGUGCGCUCAAUCAGUGUAUCAAGUGAGUUCGUGGCAACGAGUGAAGGAGCCUCUUCAAGUGGUGACAGCGAGACGGAUAAGGAAAUGGAUAGAGAGUUCGAGGCCGAAUUCGAAGAGUACACAAUGGAUCGUAUAUCGAAGUUAACUAAAGACCAAAUUUCGUACUGGUUGAGCGCUUAUCCUAUUUACUUUGUAGUAGAAUCCGACUUGGUUUUUAAGCAAGACAAGAAAUUGAAAGCUUAUCGCAAACAUUUCAGAUGA